AUGAGAGUUGACAGUUCAGUUGUGAUCAAGCUGUUUGUCUUACAAUGUCUUUUAUUUUUGGCUUCAUCUUCCAAGGAUUUUGAUUUCUUCUACUUUGUUCAACAGUGGCCUGUUUCUUAUUGCGACUCGAGACAUGGCUGUUGCUAUCCGACGACCGGAAAGCCUCAUGAAGAUUUCGGCAUACAUGGCUUGUGGCCUAAUUACGUCAAUGGAAAAUGGCCGCAAAACUGCGCUCAAACUUCUUUGGACGAAUCGUUGAUCUCAGAUCUAAUGAGCGAUAUGACGGAUGAGUGGCCGACUCUUGCUUGCCCGUCUGCAGACGGAAUAAAAUUUUGGAGUCAUGAAUGGGUAAAGCAUGGGACAUGCACAUCCCUUGACCAACACUCUUAUUUUCAAUCUGCACUUCUUCUGAGAAGCAAAUCCAACUUGCUCCAAAUCCUUUCGCAUGCAGGGAUACGCCCUGGGGAUUUCUACCAUUUCAAAAGCAUAAAGCAAGCGAUUGAAGAUGGGUUAGGGCAUGAGCCCUUCAUAGAGUGCAAUGUUGACCCGAGUGGCAAUCACCAGCUUUUCCAAGUCUAUCUGUGUGUGGACACUAAUGCCACAAGCUUCAUCAAAUGCCCCAUUUUACCAAAAGGAAGGGCGUGUGGUUCCACCAUUGAGUUUCCUUCUUUUACUUCUCAUUAUCGCCAAGAAUUAAAACAUGAACUUUAA